AUGGCGGCGGCGGCGGCGAGCGGAGCUGGCGGGGCUGCCGGGGCCGGAGCGGGGGGAGCCGGGCCGGCGGGCCGCCUGCUGCCUCCGCCUGCCCCGGGGCCCCCGGCUGCCCCCGCCGCUGUGCCCCCGUCGGCCGGCCCGCCGCGUCCCUCAGCCCCGGCCUCCCGCGGGCCGAUGCCCGCUCGCAUCGGCUACUACGAGAUCGACCGCACCAUCGGCAAGGGCAACUUCGCCGUGGUCAAGCGGGCCACGCACCUCGUCACCAAGGCCAAGGUUGCCAUUAAGAUCAUAGAUAAAACCCAACUGGACGAAGAAAACUUGAAGAAGAUUUUUCGGGAAGUUCAAAUUAUGAAGAUGCUUUGCCACCCCCAUAUCAUCAGGCUGUACCAGGUUAUGGAGACAGAACGGAUGAUUUAUCUGGUGACAGAAUAUGCUAGUGGAGGGGAAAUAUUUGACCACCUGGUGGCCCAUGGUAGAAUGGCAGAAAAGGAGGCCCGUCGGAAGUUCAAACAGAUCGUCACAGCCGUCUAUUUUUGUCACUGUCGGAAUAUUGUUCAUCGUGAUUUAAAAGCUGAAAAUUUACUUCUGGAUGCUAAUCUGAAUAUCAAAAUAGCAGAUUUUGGCUUUAGUAACCUCUUCACUCCUGGGCAGCUGUUGAAGACCUGGUGUGGCAGCCCUCCUUAUGCUGCACCCGAGCUCUUUGAAGGAAAGGAAUAUGAUGGGCCCAAAGUGGACAUCUGGAGUCUUGGCGUUGUCCUCUAUGUCCUUGUGUGUGGUGCCCUGCCAUUUGAUGGGAGCACAUUGCAGAAUCUGCGGGCCCGGGUCCUGAGUGGAAAGUUCCGCAUCCCAUUUUUUAUGUCCACAGAAUGCGAACACUUGAUCCGGCACAUGCUGGUGUUAGACCCGAAUAAGCGCCUUUCGAUGGAGCAGAUCUGCAAGCACAAGUGGAUGAAGCUGGGGGACGCCGACCCCAACUUUGACAGGUUAAUAGCUGAAUGCCAACAACUAAAGGAAGAAAGACAGGUGGACCCCCUCAAUGAGGAUGUUCUCUUGGCUAUGGAAGACAUGGGACUGGACAAAGAGCGGACGCUGCAGUCAUUAAGAUCAGAUGCCUAUGAUCACUAUAGUGCAAUCUACAGCCUGCUGUGUGAUCGCCACAAAAGACAUAAAACCCUGCGUCUCGGAGCACUUCCUAGCAUGCCCCGAGCCAUGGCAUUUCAAGCACCAGUCAAUAUCCAGGCAGAGCAGUCAGGUACCACUGUGAACCUCAGCGUUCCCCAGGUGCAGCUGAUCAACCCAGAGAACCAAAUUGUGGAGCCGGAUGGGACAGUGAACUUGGAUAGUGAUGAGGGUGAAGAACCAUCUCCUGAAGCAUUGGUCCGCUAUUUGUCCAUGAGGAGGCACACAGUGGGUGUGGCUGACCCACGCACGGAAGUCAUGGAAGAUCUACAGAAGCUCCUACCAGGCUUUCCUGGUGUCAACCCACAAGCUCCAUUCCUGCAAGUGGCCCCUAACAUGAACUUUAUGCAUAACCUGCUACCCAUGCAAAAUUUGCAGCCAACUGGGCAGCUUGAGUACAAGGAGCAGUCUCUGUUACAGCCACCCACCCUACAGCUACUGAAUGGAAUGGGCCCCCUUGGCCGGAGGGCAUCAGAUGGAGGAGCCAACAUCCAACUGCAUGCCCAGCAGCUGCUGAAGCGCCCACGGGGACCCUCCCCGCUUGUCACCAUGACACCAGCAGUGCCAGCAGUUACCCCUGUGGACGAGGAGAGCUCAGACGGGGAGCCAGAUCAGGAAGCUGUGCAGAGGUACUUGGCAAAUAGGUCCAAAAGACAUACACUGGCCAUGACCAACCCUACAGCUGAGAUCCCACCGGACCUACAACGACAGCUAGGACAGCAGCCUUUCCGUUCCCGGGUCUGGCCUCCUCACCUGGUACCAGAUCAGCAUCGCUCUACCUACAAGGACUCCAACACCCUGCACCUCCCUACGGAGCGUUUCUCCCCCGUGCGCCGGUUCUCAGAUGGGGCUGCAAGCAUCCAGGCCUUCAAAGCUCACCUGGAAAAAAUGGGCAACAACAGCAGCAUCAAACAGUUGCAGCAGGAGUGUGAGCAGCUACAGAAGAUGUACGGGGGGCAGAUUGAUGAAAGAACCCUGGAGAAGACCCAGCAGCAGCAUAUGUUAUACCAGCAGGAGCAGCACCACCAAAUUCUCCAGCAACAGAUUCAAGACUCCAUCUGUCCUCCUCAGCCUUCUCCACCUCUUCAGGCUUCGUGUGAAAAUCAGCCAGCCCUCCUCACCCACCAGCUCCAGAGGUUAAGGAUUCAGCCUUCAAGCCCACCCCCCAACCACCCAAACAACCAUCUCUUCAGGCCACCCAGUAAUAGUCCUCCCCCAAUGAACAGUGCCAUGAUCCAACCUCACGGUGCUGCCUCUCCCUCCCAGUUUCAAGGCUUACCCUCCCGCAGUGCAAUCUUCCAGCAGCAGUCUGAGAGCUGCUCCCCUCCCCCCAGCGUGGCACUAACCUGCUUGGGCAUGCAGCAGCCUACCCAGUCACAACAGGUGACCAUCCAAGUACAAGAGCCCGUCGACAUGCUCAGCAACAUGCCAGCCCCAGCUGCAGGCUCUGCUGGGCGAGGCAUCUCCAUGAGCCCCAGUGCCAGUCAGAUUCAGAUGCAGCACCGCACCAACCUGAUGGCCACCCUCAGCUACGGGCACCGACCCUUGUCCAAGCAGCUGAGUGCUGACAGUGCAGAGGCCCACAGCUUGAACGUGAAUCGGUUCUCCCCUGCUAACUACGACCAGGCGCAUUUACACCCCCAUCUGUUUUCGGACCAGUCCCGGGGUUCCCCCAGCAGCUACAGCCCUACAACAGGAGUGGGGUUCCCUCCAACCCAAGCCCUGAAAGUCCCUCCACUUGACCAAUUCCCCACCUUCCCUCCCAGUGCACAUCAGCAGCCGCCACACUAUACCACAUCGGCACUACAGCAGGCCCUGCUGUCCCCCACGCCGCCAGACUAUACAAGACACCAGCAGGUACCCCACAUCCUUCAGGGACUGCUCUCUCCCCGGCAUUCACUCACCGGCCACUCGGACAUUCGGCUACCCCCAGCAGAGUUUGCACAGCUCAUUAAAAGGCAGCAACAACAACGACAGCAGCAGCAGCAGCAGCAGCAGCAACAGCAGCAAGAGUACCAAGAAUUGUUCAGGGCCAUGAACCAAGGGGAUGCUGGGAGUCUGGUUCCCAGUCUCGGGGGACAGAGUAUGACAGAGCGCCAGGCUUUAUCUUAUCAAAAUACUGACUCUUAUCACCAACACCACACCAGCCCCCAGCAUCUUCUGCAAAUCAGGGUGCAAGAAUGUAUCUCACAGGUUUCCUCACCCACCCCGACCCAUGGCUAUGCUCAUCAGCCGGCACUGCUGCAUUCAGAGAGCAUGGAGGAGGACUGCUCAUGUGAGGGGGCCAAGGAUGGCUUUCCAGAUAGUAAGAGUCCACGCACAUUGACCAAAGGUUGCCAUGACAGCCCCCUGCUCUUGAGUACCGGUGGACCUGGGGACCCCGAAUCUUUACUCGGAACUGUGAGUCAUGCCCAGGAGUUGGGGAUUCAUCCCUAUGGACAUCAGCCGCCUGCUGCGUUCAGUAGAAAUAAGGUGCCCAGCCGAGAGUCUGUCUUAGGGAACUGCAUGGACAGGAGUUCUCCAGGACAAGCAAUGGAGCUACCAGACCACAAUGGACUUGGGUACCCAUCACGGCCCUCCGUCAGUGAACACCACCGGCCCCGGACCCUCCAGAGACACCACACAAUCCAGAACAGUGACGACGCUUACGUGCAGCUGGAUAACUUGCCAGGAAUGAGUCUCGUGGCUGGGAAAGCACUUAGUUCUGCCCGGAUGUCAGAUGCAGUUCUCAGUCAGUCCUCGCUCAUGGGCAGCCAGCAGUUUCCAGAUGUGGAAAACGAGGAAUGUGGGGUGAGUCUGGGGGCUCACGAACAGAGCGACGGCAGCCAGCACGUCAACUCCUCUUGCUAUCCAUCCACGUGUAUUACAGACAUCCUGCUCAGCUACAAGCACCCCGAGCUCUCCUUCAGCAUGGAGCAGGCAGGCGUGUAGCAAGGAACAGAGUUUUGUAUACAGCUUGGGAAUGAAAAGGUUGAUUUUUAAACCACCAGUAUCUAGCAGCGUUGCGCCAAACGGCCAUUGUGUUUCUCUUCACGCAGAGUAUCGUGGCUCGCUUCCUCACAUUUGGUUCAUCAGUGUGCUGUUUGUUCUUUUGGGUUCUGAGGGGGUAUUGCCAUGUUUGCCUGUAUGACCAAGACACCAAGGAAAUAAACAGGAAAUCCAUGCUCCCCAUCUCUGUGAAAGCGUAUUUAGUGUAUUUGAGUUGGUGGGGUUCUUUGUUUAGUUUUUGGCUUUGUUUGUGCUUUUUUUGUUUUGUUUUGUUUUGUUUUGGGGCAUGUUUUCUCUUAGAGGUGAUUUUCUUUCUUUUCUUUCAUUUUGUUUUUUCUCUUUGCUUUUGUGAGACAGGAGAGGCAAGCAGUUAAGAGUUCAGAGGCCAGGGGCUCAGAGCCACGACCCUCACCAGCCUGCCCACCGUUCCUCUGGCUCCUCUCCCACAUGAGCAAAUGCUCCGGGAUAACAGCCUCUCAGAUCUUGGUGGCUGGGGAAGGGAGCGGGGAAGGGCUUGUGGCUUCUGGCAUUUGGAGAGCAAAAAGAAAGCAAAGAAAGAAGUCCCAAGCCUAGAACCCAGACAGACCUUUUUUUGCAGGAAUCCAUGGGAAAAAUGUCUGGCUCAGCCAAGAUCACAUCAAAACUUUAGCACAGAGGCUGAGGGUAACCUAGAAUCAGUGAGUCCCCAGCUAGGCUGUCUUAGAGCCUCUUCUUUGGCGUGUAGCACGGCUUCCCUCUUGUCGCCUGGAAAGUUGGUUGCCUUUCCUGUCCUGGUCCCACCCAUGGACUGAAUACCCGAAUGUGGCGCACUAUGCUUCCUGUGUCAUCUUUCAUUCUCAUUUUUAUAUUGUGCUAUAAAAAGAUGUGUGCGUGUGUGUGUGCGUGUGCACACACGUGCACACACACAUACACACAGCCUUCCCCUUCCAGUUGCUUUGUCACCGGCAAGAAUAGGAGGUUGUCUUGGGUCCUGCCUCUCUCCUAACCUUCUCCUCCUCCCUGAACAUCUCCAACCCCUGUAUUUUAAUUCUUGAUCAUGUAGGAAUUGUUUUUGAUAAAUGUUGAUAUUAUUGUUAGUAAAUAAAGACAAAGAAUUUUUGUUUAAAAGAGAAAUGUUUAACCAGAUUCUGUUCUAUUUGAAUUGUGACUUGCACCUUUUGUUCAGAGUAUUUUCUUUAGGCAUUGUAGUUGCAAACAGCUCUUUCUUGUGCCCGUGGCAGACACAGCAGUCCCCUCUCCCCAGCUGAAGCGGUGCAAAUGCACUAGUUUAUCGCUUCCGUGGUUAUCUUGAUUUCACUGUUAGAAACCAAAGUCUUCUCCGCUGGCUGGGGGCUGAGAGAGGAUCUGACUUAUCGCUUCUGAUUUUCGAAACCCAAGAGAGACAUUAAAUAUGGUGACUCUCGAUUCUUUUUCUGGGAACAGAGUACAAGGUCCCCAUUCCCUCCUAGUCUUUCGUCCUGAAUUUGCACAGAGGAAAGCGGUGCCCCGCAUGGCCCUCCUGGUGCUGCCGGCAGGAUCCCCAUGCAGCUUGUCCUUCCCGGAUACCGGCAGCUUGGCUUCUGGACCCAGUAGCCCUCAAGUGGAUUUCCGCAGCGCAAGAGCUUUCUUGGGACCUGUCCCAUGUUGCCCUGGUCCUGUCUCCCCUCCACUUGGGGGUGGGGGGAGGGUGGGAUCACCACCUACUCGCCAGAAGGGGGCUUACCAAGAAAGCCCGAAAAGCAAAAGCUGUUGUUGGACUUCUCGGGCUUGUUCCGAACCUGACGCCCCCUCCCCCGACUCGGCCUGCCGCUACCACAUGCUCAGCCUGCUCUGUUGACAAGGUACUGGGUGUGUGAAAGAGCAGACUACCACCCUCCAGCACCUACGCAGAUGACAGCCAGUGAGCCUAUUAACCGUGCCAUCUUGCGAACUACACUUUAAAAAAAAUCAUUGCUUUGUAUUGUAGUAACCAAUGCGCAGUAUAUGUUGAAUGUAUAUGAAUAUACUUUCCUAUUUCUGUUCUUUGAAAAUGUCAGAAAUAUUUUUUCUUUCUCAUUAUGUUGAACUAAAAAAAGAAUUAAAAAAAAAUCUACAGAUUCCAGUUGCUAAGACCUUUUGUCCUUUUGUGAGUGGGGAACACUUCCAACUUAGAACUGAGUCAGGGCUGGCGCCGUGGCUCAGUAGGCUAAUCCUCUGCCUGCGGCACCAGCACACCGGGUUCUAGUCCCGGUCGGGGCGCUGGAUUCUGUCCCAGUUGUUCCUCUUCCAGGCCAG